AUGUCUUCCACGUGUUACAAUCCAUUUCUAUAUGCUUGGUUAAAUGAAAACUUUCGGAAAGAAUUUAAACAAAUACUUCCUUGCUUAGGCACAUUUGUAAUUAGAAAGUCAAAACGAAGACUUAAUCAGUCAGAGAGAACGGGUAUGUAUCGAUCGGAAAAAUCAUGUAAUGGCAAUGAAACUGUGCAAGAAUCACUACUGACUUCAACUGUAAAUACAAGUAGAAUACCUUCAAAUAGAUAUAAAAUUGAAUCCAACGACAAAAUAAAAACUUAUGGAGACGAAAAUAUAAGUCCAGAUGAUAAACCAGAUGAAAGUCCAAGUCCUAAUGAAGACUGUAUUAAAAUGUACAUGAUUGUAGAUAAGUCGGUAACGACGUCUGAUAAGGAGCCUAUAGUAUCUGCCUUGUAG